AUGGGAAAAUCCUCAAAGGAUAAGCGCGAUGCGUAUUACAGGCUCGCAAAAGAACAAGGAUGGAGAGCUCGAAAAUUCGACCUCUUCUCCGAUGUUACUCGUGUCGUAGACCUUUGCGCUGCCCCUGGAAGUUGGUCUCAAGUCCUAUCCCGAGUCUUGAUCAAAGGAGAGAAAUUCGGUCGGGCAGCAUGGGAAGACAAGGAGGCUAGAAUGCGACAAAACAUACUUGAAAUCAACCUCCCCUCUUCAACAGAAGAGAGGCAGCCAUCACCAAACGAGACCGAAUUGAAACCUAAGAAAGAUGUAAAAAUUGUGGCUAUUGAUUUACAACCCAUGAGCCCUUUACAAGGAAUCAUAACACUUCGAGCAGAUAUUACACAUCCUGCAACCGUUCCAUUACUUCUAAGUGCUCUCGAUUCUUCUUAUGAUCCGAAAUCCUUGUCUCAGCAAGCUUCCAAUCCCGUGGAUCUCGUUAUUAGUGAUGGUGCUCCUGAUGUUACAGGCCUUCAUGAUCUGGACAUUUACGUUCAAUCGCAACUACUUUUUGCUGCUUUAAAUCUUGCACUUUGUGUCCUUCGCCCAGGUGGAAAGUUUGUUGCAAAGAUCUUCAGAGGAAGAAAUGUUGAUCUUCUAUUUGCACAAUUGAAAAUCUUCUUCGAAAGGGUGGUCGUUGCAAAACCAAGGUCAAGUCGUGCAAGCAGUGUAGAAGCUUUCAUUGUCUGCUUGAAUUUCCAACCCCCAGAAGGGUUCAAAGCUAGCAUGGAAGAUCCUAUGGGUGUUGGAGAUAGAUUGGCCAAAAUGGUCGAUACAGCUGUCAGUCAAGAGCCAACAGUUUCACCUGUUGAUUCACAAAAUAUCGAUGACGACAAACCAUCAGAAAAUCAAGUCAAGACAACCACACGAAGAGAAGAUGGAGUAUGGGAAGUUAAACUUCCUAAUGAUGAAGCUAAAGCCAGAAAAUCAGGAAGAUGGAUAGCUCCAUUUCUGGCAUGUGGAGAUUUAUCUGGUUAUGAUGCUGAUGCUUCAUAUCAUUUACCAAAGGAUCGUAUUACACUUGAUCCUGUACAGCCUCCAACAGCACCUCCAUACAAGAGAGCUCUUGAAAUGAGGAAAGCGGCAGGUGGAGCAUAUGGAAAAACUACAACGGGAAAGGCAGAAUAG